CAAAUCAAUCCUACUACCAACAUGAAGUCAACUAUUCAUAUGGGCACCCUGGGCAUCGUGGUGCUAGUGCUCUGCUGCCUGGAUUUUUCCAGUUCGCAAAACAGCACAUCCGCUUCUAGCAGUCCCUCCUUCUCCUCGUCAGGCGCGCCUAGGAAAGUGCACCUAACCAACCUUAAGUACUCCAUUGUGAGAAAGAUCCGCGCGGGCAACAUCCCCGCCAGCGGCAGCAGUAUCACCAGGAGUUCUAGGACCAGUAGCAACAAGAAACUGAACGCCAAGAAGACCCAGGCCAAACGGGGCCAGGCCAAACGUGGCCAGGCCAAACGGGGCCAGGCCAAACGGAGCCCGGCCAAACGGAGCCCGGCCAAGCGAUCCAACAAGAACAGGAAGUCGAACUCCCGCCGCGCCAGGGGUUAA